UUUAUGUUCCUCUUUUGGCUCUCUUGAUUGUUUUUGUAUUAACAAGUAUGGAUUAUCAAAACCAAAAGAGCAACGAGAACAAACACGGGGAGAAACUUAUGAUGAAGAAUAGGUCAAAGUUUGUUGGAGUGAGACAAAGAGCUUCAGGAAAAUGGGCAGCAGAGAUAAAAGACACAUCAAAGAACAUUAGGAUGUGGCUUGGUACCUAUAAAACUGCUGAGGAAGCUGCUCGAGCUUACGAUGAAGCUGCUUUUCUCCUUAGAGGUACAAAUACUCGUACCAAUUUCUCUACUACUCAUUCCAUCCCUACCAAUUCUCCAAUAUCUCUCAAACUGAAAAACCUACUUCAUCGUAAAUCCAUCUCAAAUCUAAGUCAAAGUAAAAAUCAGUGCACUUUGAUGAGUUCCUCUUUACAAGGUGCUCCUAUUGAUAAUAGCAUCAUGGUAAUGGAAAAUGAAAACAAAUCUUCAUGUAGUAGUGAAGAGUCAAAGUCUUUGUUUUGGGUUCAGAACCAAUUAGUAUCUGAAUAUAAUCCUUAUGGGGUGGAUAUGAAUAUGAUGAACUGCUCAAUUGGUAUUACACCAAAUACAUUACAGAUUGAUUAUUCUUGGCCAUUACCUCAACAAAGGAUUAACGAGUUACCAACACUAAAUGAUAGUGUGAAUGUAUAUGGUAUGAAUGAGUGCUAUGUGGAAGGUACAUAUGAAUCUAAGUAUGAAUAUGAUGUCAAUUACCCUCUUUCUCACUUGUUCUGUUUUACUUGAAAGUUCUUGAAAAAUAUGCUUUGUAAUUGAUAAUAGAAUUGAUUGUCCUUAUAUAGUUUGUAGUAUAGCGUUACACUAUUAUCUUUUUUCCAUGUCAUAUUCCUUGUAAGGAUAUAAAAAUAAAGAGCACAUUUUUAUUGAUUUAUUUUCAAAA